UCUAGCCCAUCGACAUUUCUAUUGUGGGAAGCUUGUAGCUUGAGUCGCGGCUCGCGGCUGUGGCUAUAUAUAUAUAUAUGAAUUCAACUGCUCUCUUUCUCUGUUGCGUCGUCCUGAUUGUACCUGAAAGAUCACCACGCUUUAGCUCCUCCAAUCCAAGCAGUAAUGAUGCUGCUGCGAAUUGCAAGGCAAAACAUUUUGGGACACUCCAUGCAAAGGAUUUUUCCUCCUGCAGCGUCGGCAUUGAUGAGAGGUUACUCCUUUGCUGCAUAUCAGGCCAUUUCAAAAGGACAAGGAAGCGAAGCACACCAGAUUGUGAAGGAUCAAGGUGGUAACCAAGCUGAGAAUUUGUCUAGCAAACCAAACAUUGGAGGCAUACUGAAGCAUCAGAUUGGGCAGAAUGUUUCAAGAAAGGAUAAAAUUAAAUUUCUUGUAACCACACUUCUUGAUCUUAAAGACGGUAAAGAAGCUGUCUAUGGUGCUCUUGAUGCAUGGGUUGCUUGGGAGCAGAACUUUCCUAUUGGGCCACUAAAAAAUGUAAUCCUGGCUCUUGAGAAGGAGCAUCAGUGGCAUAGAGUUGUUCAGGUUAUUAAGUGGAUGCUAAGCAAGGGUCAAGGAAACACAAUGGGAACCUAUGUGCAGUUAAUACGAGCUUUGGAUAUGGAUAAUAGAGCAGAGGAAGCACAUCAGUUUUGGUUGAAGAAAGUUAGUGCAGAUCUACAUUCAGUGCCUUGGCAGUUAUGCAGACAGAUGAUAUCAGUAUACUAUCGAAACAACAUGCUGGAGAAUCUUGUAAAGCUUUUCAAGGGCUUGGAAGCUUUUGAUCGCAAACCUCCGGAGAAGUCAAUAGUUCAAAGAGUCGCAGAUGCAUAUGAGAUGUUAGGCUUACUUGAAGAGAAAGAAAGGGUACUUGAAAAAUACAAAGAUAUUCCUACCAAGACAGAUAAAGUUCAUAAGAAAUCUAAGCAGGCUUCAUCAAAAAGAAAGAAGAAUUCUGGGCGGAGGAAACAGGCAUCAACUUAAGAUAACCUUGUCGGCACUAUAUAUGGCGCAGAAAUUAUGAGUUGAGGAUGAGAAGAAUGUAAGUUUUUCUUCCCAUUUUUGGAACUGGGAAAUUUUCUUGGUUCAUUGGUCAACUACUGCAACAGGCUUUUGAGUUUUCCCUGGUUGCAAAAUCAGUGUUCUUUGUAAUGCUUGGACGAGAGGAAGGAUCCAAGGUCAACAGUAAAUUGCCAACUACUCAACAGUCAAACUCGCUUAUCCUUUCAAAUCUAGUGAUUGUCAAACAAUGUAAAUUAUAUGGUUCUUAGAAACAGUUUAAAGAACAUAUUAAAAUUUGAUAAUUUAGGAAUUCUAGAAGUAAGAAAAGAAAAUUUGCACUAAUGGAUUUCAAGCUUUAAAAGGGUAAACACUACUAGAUAAGCAAGACUAUGAAGUUGAUUACCCUCUAUGAUAAGACUAUAACAUGGACAUGAUUUAGGUUUU